GCGGGCCGCGCCGGGCUGCAGUCGAGGCGCCGGGAGCGGAACGCGGUGCGGCCGGCUUCGGAACCGAGCCGGGCAUGGAGAGGCGGCCCUGGGCCGGGGCGGGCAGCGGGGCGUGCGGCGUGGCUGAGCCCGAGUGCUGAGGGGCGGCGGCGCCUCCUCGGAGUCGUGCGCGGCGAAGGAGCCGCCGCCUCCUCCUCCCUCUGGCCGGCGCGGGCUGCGAGCGGGAUGAGCGCGGGGCCCUGAGCGGCCGCCGGAGCGCCCCGAGCUCCCGCAGCCUCCCCGGGCCGGCGGACCGCGCUGUGCCGGGACGUGCCGCCGCUUCCCUGGCUCCUCCCAUGGCAUGAGCCCGGGCUCUCCUCCCCUCGCCGCCCGCUCGCGGUCUCUCUCCUUUCCUGGGCUGUCAGAUGGGAUAACGCGCUCCCGCCGGAAGGCGAAGAUGGGCCCGCGCUGGGCUCGGCGGCGGCGGAGCGGCGGCGGCUCCGCGCUGCUGCUGCUGCUGGGGCACUGCUGGCUGUGGGCGGCCGGCGCCGACGACAACGGCAGCCAGCUGUCGUAUUACACGGCCCUCAUCAACGUGACGGUGCUGAGCCCCGAGCGGGGCGGCCCCACGCUGCUCCGGAUCGACCGCGGCCGCUACGGGCAGGAUUCGCCCAAGGUGGAGGUGAAGGGCCUGCUGGUGACCCCGGUGCCCAUCAACGGAGUUGCAGAUCGCCUGGGCUGUGACCCUCGGACGCGUUUCCAAGUCCCUCCCAACACCAAGCAGUGGAUCGCUCUGCUGCAGCGAGGGAACUGUACCUUCCGAGAGAAAAUCCUGCGCGCAGCUUCGCACAAUGCCACCGCCGUGGUCAUCUACAACAAUAUAUCCAGCGAGGAGCCCGUCACCAUGACUCAUCAAGGAACUGGAGACAUUGUUGCUGUAAUGAUUACAGAAUCAAAAGUGAAGGAGAUCCUGAAUUACUUGGAAAAGAACAUCUCUGUCCUGAUGGCCAUAGCAGUGGGUUCCCGUGUUCCUCUAAAGAACUUCAGUCGGGGCUCCCUAGUCUUUGUGUCAAUAUCUUUCAUUGUUUUGAUGAUAAUUUCUUCAGCGUGGUUAAUAUUUUACUUCAUCCAGAAGAUCAGGUACACGAGUGCACGUGAUAGGAAUCAGCGUCGCCUUGGAGAUGCUGCCAAGAAAGCUGUUGGUAAACUCACAACCAGGACAGUAAAGAAGGGAGAUAAGGAGACAGACCCAGACUUUGAUCAUUGUGCUGUCUGCAUUGAGAGUUACAAGCAGAACGAUGUUGUUCGCAUUUUACCGUGCAAGCAUGUUUUUCACAAAGCCUGCGUGGACCCGUGGCUCAGUGAGCACUGUACGUGUCCAAUGUGUAAACUGAACAUUUUGAAGGCCCUGGGAAUUGUGCCCAAUGUGCCGUGCACAGAUAACGUGGCCUUUGACAUGGAGAGGCUCAGCAGAAGCCAGCCCGCCAGCAGGCGCUCAGCGCUCGGCGACUUCGCCAACGACAGCUCCCUGAGCCUGGAGCCCCUGCGCACCUCCGGCAUGUCGCAGCUUCCCCAGGAUGGGGAGCUCACUCCGAGGUCGGGAGAGAUCAACAUUGCUGUAACAAGCAGUCACUUCUUUCAUCGCAAUUCUCUGUCCCCUCGAAGUCUGGUCUACGAGAGCGAAUUCUCCACCAUCGAGCCUGCUUUGGACAUGUAUGACGAGAACAAAACCUGAAAGGAAUGCACAUUCCUUCCUGGCCCUCUUUCUGUUGUUUUCAUUUCUCAUUCCUAUUGUUGUGUACUCUUUCCAUGGAUCUCCUUUGUCUGAAGAAGAGCUGCUUUUUCCAGAACACGAGCCUGCCUUCUAGGUCACGGAGAUGAAGACAGCUGUGGUGGUUUCUGCGGGUGGCACCUCCGAGCGCAAGCAAGGUUGUCUGAUGGAAGUUGCUGAGUAACAGCAUGGGAGCUGUGUGGGCCCGGCCUCGGCGGUGCGGAAGAGGCUUUGCGGUGGUCCUAAGAGUUUGUUUUGUACUCAAAUGCGUCUCCUCAACAGGGGUAUGCUGGUUUUAAUGGUCCGAAUUGUUGGGCAGAGUCAGAAAGGGAACUAGUUGCAAAGGAGCUGGCCGGUGACUGGUAAAAGCACUCCGUAUAGCUUGGUCAACCCAUAACCUUACUGUGAAAUAUCCCCUUCCAAGAGGGACCUUCCAAGUGCGUUGAGUUUCCAACGACCUGCUCACCCCUGGGCGGCAGCACGCCGGUCUGACGUUAUGCAGCAGAGAGGCCCUGUGUUUGCAGAAAGAUUUCGAGGAACUUGAUGCUUCCGUUUGUUGUUUUUUUUCUCCAUUUCUACUGAAGCAGGAGAAAAGUGGCCUCCACAGAAUACAUUUUUGGUCCUUCCGUGUGCUCCAGUCACGUGAGUCUCUUUCUACAGAGAGGACGUUCACCGAACCAGCACUUGAUCUACCUUAAAACCAUUAGACUUUUUGAAAUAUGCAGGAAUCUAAUUAGCUUUCUUUCUUGCUUUACUUUUCUUUUCGGAGGGGUUUAAAAAAAUCCACCAAAUUUUUCACUGAGGUUUUUUAAAAGCCAGCACGUUGGCGUUACACAGAGAAAAGAAGAGAGGUAAGCUUCUUAUCCUGUUCUCACGUUGAGAUCUGCAACGGUUAACCAACAAACACGUUCUCCAGGCCAUGCCCUUUCCCACUGACAUCAAUACGUGAAUGCAGAAAGCAGAGGAAUAAAGGAAAGCAGCGACUGCUUUGGGACUCAGCAUGAAAAAUCCAUUUUUACUGGAGCAUGCCAGAAGCAGUGGGGAAAUAGAGAUUGGUUUCAAGCUUCUGAAUGUAUAACAUGGAGAUGGAAAGCUGAGUUCAGCCAUCCAUAGAGCUCCUCACAUGAGCAGACGUGGAGAGUGAGGACUCCUGCUCUGUUUCCUCCUGGACAAUGCAGAGCUGUUUGAACAUUAACAUUUUCUCCAUUGCAGUCUCAGUUACUGUAGAUGUAGAAAUGCGUUUGUGUCCUUGUAAGGUGAAACACAGCUUCGCUCUGUAUAGGAAACUGAGAAAUCUGUAAGUCUAAAAGAAAGGUAGGUAAGGCAUUUCCUGCCAUGCUUUAAUUUUGUCAGAUUUUGCUACAAAAGUUCCCCUGCUCGUUUUUUAAUUUUGACUGUACAGUGGUCUGCUGACGUGCAUCCUUACCUGAAGCGUGGCUCAGCUGUGUCUUUAACACAGACGUUUAAGAGAAAAAGAAAAACCCAGCUCUGCAAAACGAGGAAACGAUCCUAUUCACAGAGUAUGUUCUGUUGCUGUGUGUCAGCUUCAUUUAACCUGGUAAUUCAAGGAUGGGUGGUGUGAAGGUUAGAGAGAUUUUUCUCGUAAUACCAUUUCCAUUUACCCUAUGCACUUUUAUUGCAACCCAGCCAACUUUAGAGGCCUGCUUACACCCCAGGCUUUUCAAGAGCACAACUUCAAUGCCACCUUCCCCAACCAAGUGGUGAGGAUGUGGAGCCCCUUUGCUGGGACGGAGUGGGUUGUUUGGCUGCAGGCAUUGCUUUGCUGCUCCACGUGGCAGCUGUGUGCACGGGGAUGGGGUGCAGGUUGAGCAACCCUGACUUCAUCAUCACAUCUUCCAGGCAGUGGGCAGGGCGCUUCCGAACAGAGACAUCCGGAAGUAAAACACCAUUGCUCCAGGGUGUCUUAGGGCUUGUUUUUGUCAGUGUUGAGUAGUCGGGUUGCAAAAAGCUGUGCUCGGGUGUUUGUAGUUAAACAGAGUGAGGCAUUGUGGCUCCUGCUGGAGCUGCCAGGAUGGGAUGGGAUGGGAUGGGAUGGGAUGGGAUGGGAUGGGAUGCUCACCGUGGUGCAUUUUCCCUACGCAGAAGCGCCCAAGAGGUGCCUUGUGCCACAGAGCAGAGUGGCCACAGUUCUGGCAUUAACACCAGCAAGGCAGUGUGCAGAGCGGGCUGUGGGAGCCCUGCUGGCUGCUCGGGACGUGCUGUGUGCUGGGCACCCCUGGGCACUGCCCUGUGCCUGGGCACGGCUCCGUCACCUCCGGCGCUGGGGCAGCAUCAGGAAGUUCCCGCACUGCUUCCUGUUGUGCUUGGCUUCCUCAGUGCAGGGCUGGGUUUUGUUUUGAACAAAGCAGUCAGCUUUGUGCCAGAGUAGAGGAGGACAGCUCAAAAGCAGAUGGAAAUUAAAACGAGCAUUAGCGACUACAGAGCCCUAAAUGGCAAAUGAAUAAAUAAUGCCAUUGUAUUUGGUUAAAUCUCCCUACUUCUAAACUACCUUUUCAGAGGAGCGGGGAACAAGAGCUGUCUCCGAUGGUGCUGACUGGGGUCUGACGUGGUGAGGAGAGGUCCCACCUUUGGGUUGACUAGCUGAUCUUUUCCAGCCUUAGUGUUUCUCUGAGAGGCAGCUGGGGCUGACGGUUGUGCAAUGGACGUUGUGGGUUUGGAAGGUCUUGCAACACUGGAAACAUUAAGUCUGGUUGAAGCAACUGAUCCCUACGUGCGUGCUGGGACGUGCCGUGCCAGGCACUUGUGUACUGUAUUGUAGUUAGGAUGGGAAAGAGGCAGCACAGCAGCAUGGGUGAUUUUUCUGGGCUGUGCUGGUAAGUUUGAGAUGUUCCUUUUCAUAUUAAUCAGUAUAUUUGAAAAAAAAAAAUGCUUGAUGAGCAUCUUUGUUCUUGUCCUACUGUGGUGGUGCUGUGUGUGGUCAUUUCAUAGAUGUAAGGUAGAUGGCAGUCUACCCGGAGCUGUGGUGUCGGUAUCUUGGGAAAUGAUUUUCUACGUUUCGAAAACAAAAGUGUUUUUUUAUCAGAAAGCCUCAAUUUUAUGGAUUCUACCUACAAAAAAAGAGCCCUUUUAUGUUUCUCUGAGCGAUCUGAACGCGCUGCUCCACCAUCCCUUUCCCUUUUCCACGUCUCCUGUUUUUGAAAGUUCUGCAUGUUCCCAUAAGACAUUUGUAAAAUUGAGGUUUGUUUGUGUUCUUAGAGGAUAACUGCCAGUAAAAAACAGACUGUAAGUGUGCUUUUUACCUAUAGUACUAACAUGAAAUAUUACAUUUGAAGCAUGUUAAAAUUUACUUAAUGCCACUCAUGAGUGCUCCCUAUGUAAGCUCACUUGUUGGUGCCUGUUUGCACUGCCCCAUUGCUUCUAGGAUGCUUGCCUCGGCAUGUGAGGGCGAUUUAGGAAUAGCCAGAUAUCCUACAUAAGCCAAAGAAAGACAAGUAGUUAAAUACAUGUGUUUAGUACUCUCCUAUGGGAUUUCUGCACAUCUGUUUUGUUUGGAUACGAAGGAUGGGGCAGCAGGGCUGAGCUGACUUACAGGGCUGUGCUUCCUGGAGGGCGCAUUGACUAAACUGUUAAAGCACAUCUAUGUUUUUGCUCUGCUAAUAAUCAUCUGGUUUUACAACAAGGGAAGUUGCACGGCUCAAAGGUGGGGCUGCCGUGCUGCUCCCAGCCCCGAGGUCCCCAUCACUCCAAGGCUGGCAGGCAAUGCUCUGCUCCUUAUCCCCCCUCCUGCACAUCCAUGCGUGGCCUCGUUUUCCAGCCUUAGCCAUGGAGAAGAGCGUGUGCCGUGCUGUGACAGCUUGCUUAUGUGUUGUUAUAUUUAAAAAUCUCAUCGCUCCUUUUCCUUUUUUCUGCUGUAAGGGCAGAGCAGGGGAGGGCGGAGAGAUGCCCCAGCUACCUGCACUGGGGGAAAAUCAGGAGAAAGCUGCUUGGAAAUACCUUGGAAAUAAUCAAAGAAAGUGUGAUACCUGCACUUGUUGGGCUCACCUCCAGAACGGGCAGGGGGGGCUGCAUGGGGUGGGGGCUGCUGCUCAGCGGCACGUUUGGCACAACCUGCAUGGAGCUGAGUGCUUGUGCUGUGUGCUGAGGGCUGCCUGUUUGUUCUUUGUACAGUAAUGCCUGCGGUCUCCAGGUGUUGGGGGACCCUUGGCAUAAAGUGUUGCCCCCAAAGCUUAAUAACUAAGCGUUAAUAUUCCUGCAAAGCAAGGAGUGCGUAGGAUUUUGUUAAAAGUUAGAGCUGUUGAGAGUGAUUUCACUGCAAAUCUGAGGUGUAACUGGGGUGGAGGGGGGAUUUCACAGCCCAAAGGCACAGCCCUCCCCAGCAGCACCUUCUUGUGGCCACAGCUCCAUCUAUGCACUGCAUCCACCAGAACGGGGCAGAGAAAUCCAGGGCUGCCUUUGGGACUUGGGGCAUAGCAGCAAAUGGGGAACAAAACUACAAACACCAUUGGUGUGUGUGCAAAAAAACAGCAUGCUGGGCUGGUCGCUGCAGGGUGAGCGCUCGGCGCGUCGCUCCGGCCCUCGGGAGGCUCACUUGGAACUCCCUGACCUAUUUCGAUGUAAGUAUAACACUGUAUUGUAGUUACGUGGUAUAUGCCAAUAUGUUAAUAGUGUAUACCUAUUAGGGUUUGCUAAUGUACUACAUUUCAAUAAAAAGCAAUUUGAAAGAG